AUGGUACAAUUCAUUGGCAGAGAAUCCAAGUAUUGUGGACUUUAUGACUCCAUAGUAACCAUCUAUCGCAAAGAGGGCAUCCUAGGACUUUUUGCAGGUCUUAUUCCUUGUCCCCUAGGUGAGAUCAUUUCUUUGUGGCUCUGUAACUCACUGGCCUACCUCGUCAGUACCUAUGCACUGGACAGUGGGGUUUCUACCAUGAGUGAAAUGAGUUAUUCCCAAGCUGUCACAGGAUUUUUUGCCAGUAUGUUGACCUAUCCCUUUGUGCUUGUCUCUAAUAUUAUGGCUGUCAACAACUGUGGGCUUGCUGGUGAAUCCCCUCCUUACUCCCCAAUGUAUACUUCUUGGAUAGAUUGCUGGUACAUGCUACAAAAAGAGGAAAAUAUGAGCUGA